UUCAGAUGAUUUUAAAAUACUAUAAUUUGAUAAUUUUGAGUUUAAUAUUAACCAACACAUCAAAAGUAGUAUAAUAGUUUUGAACUUUUGACAUUAAUAUUAACUACACAUCAAUUCAAUAUGUUGACUAUGGUUUUGCAAGAUGGAACAAAUUUCAUUUAACAAAUAUUGCUGUAAUUAUAAUGAUAAAAUUAUCAAUAUUAUUUAUAUUUAUUAUUAAAAAUCAAGAACUGCUUAUUAUUCACUAUAACACUAGUUAAAUGAUGUAUAUUUACUGUUCAUAGCAGAACUUGAUGUUUCUUUAUAAAAUUGAACCACUAGUGGUUCAUUAAUUUUUUAUUAUUAAAAAAGAGGAAACACAUUUUAUAAAAUCAAAGUUGAUGAAUGGCAAAUACACAUGUGGUACAUCCAUCGGGUGAUAGAACCAUGGUAUGUACAUCCACCGGGUGGUAGAACCAUGUUUUUACCGCUUUCCAUUCUUAGCCUAGAUGUAGAUAUAUGUAAUACCAUCCUAGAAGAUAUUCUGACAUAAAUAGAAAGCAUUUCAAAUUAGGAUUAUGGAAUGUGGUGUCUUUUUGCAAAAACUCGGCAUUGUAACGUUAACUGUGUUAGACCAAGCAUAUCAGUUGAUAAAAUAUAUAAAAAGAAUUAAAAGAUUUAAAUAUUCAAUUGUUAAUAUACUAUAUGACCAAAAAACUUAUCAUUUCUACGAGACUGGUGAGGUCGUGCCAUGUGCUGAGUUUCUGAUUUAUACUAUUACAUCUUAAUUGGAUUCUUCCCCACCCCAACCAUAUUUGAGCACCACCGGGGUAGGGACGUGGGGUCGUAGGGUAUGACACGCAAACGUGCGAUUCAUUUCUCCACUAAUGAACAAUGUUUGUGUAUAGGCCGAAAAAUAUACGUUGAAAUAAAAUAUUAUAUCUUUAAUUGUAACAGACGUCUAAAACUAUAGUAAAAGCGUAUAUAUAAGAAUAUUAUAUGAAUGAGGAGAUUAUUCAUCAGGAAGACUGGACGAAGAAGGAAGACCUUAAGGUGCCGGUUCUCGAGUAAGGCGUUAUCCCGACAAAAUCUUGAGACCCAGAAUCAUUUUCCUUCCUUCUUUACUGGAACUGAGAGCGCAAAUUCGCUCGAACUCUACCACAUAGACUUUGUUAUAGUCUGAUUUGGCCACAUACACGUUCAACAAUUCCUACAUGCGUGAGACAUAUACUAGGAGAAGGUUAUGCUCCAGAGCUGGCUCUUGCAACAACAUACUAAGAAAAAAAAACUUUUGUCAGUUCAAUAAAAAACUCUUGUCCGACCAUGUUUCCUGGUUCCAAGACUCCCAAACCUAAAAUCUAAGAGCAUCUCUAUCGUUUAGAUACUCUCACCCGUACUUUGUUAAUCUAAUAAUAUUAUUUAUUAUAUUUUAGGUGUGUAAUUAGAAUUUAUCUUAUAAAUAAAAAUUAGCCUAGUUGAAAAAUAUGUGGCAAAUGAAUAUCUUACAAAAUAUAGCCUUUUAAUUUUGAUUAUAUUUUGGGGUUUGAAGGAAUGUUUUUGCCUUAUAAUAGAGGCAACGAGUCUGCAAAAGGUUUCUAAAAAAUGUAUGUAUUGAUGUAUAAAAAUAUGAAGUUGGAGUACUGACAUGAAAUGUAAAUAUUUACGGAAUAAGAGCUGAAUUUUUUCUUUCUUUUUCGACAAAAUACAGAGGUGCAUUUCUAUUUUGUUUUUCACUUAAUAUAUAGAGGAUGCUAAUGACAAUUGACAGCUGUAUUAGGUCCGGUUGAUUCGGACAUAUUUUAAAAAUGCUGCUAUAAUAAAAGUAUGAACUUGAUAUUCUAUUGAGUAUUGACAUCCUGGAAUGUUUUUAUUAAUAAGAGUUUGGAUAUUUCAAAUCUCAAUCGUUGUGUUACAGUGCAUUUUCCUUUCUUAAUGCGAGUUUGAAUGUUUCAACUUCAUUAAAAUAUUAUUACUAUAUUACGAUAAUUUGCCACAAGACUUUUUUUAGUCUUUUUAUAGUCUUUAAAUAAGAGUUGUAGAAGAAAUAUCAAACCAAACAUGGCCCGUUAAGGCAUUAUCCAAUACGUUUAAACAUGAUUAUGAUUAGUACAAUAUCAGAAAACAGUUCUUCUGUUUGUCAGACUUAUUAGCGUGUGUAUGCUGUUGUGCACAGAAGUGUUAUGUAUAAUAAUUAUGGUUGUUGUCAUUACAGAUGUCCAUAAAUAUUAGAAACUAUCACAACUUUAAUUAGUUGUUAUGUUUGUUACAUCUUUGCUUUUGACAUUUUCACUCACUCUCAAUAUUCUGUAAAAGCUUCAAGCAAAAAGAGAUGGUGAAUCUUACUAAUCGACCGCCACCACCACCACCUCCACCACCACAAUUCAGAUCCAUUUCGUCCCGGUCUGCUGGAAAUUUAAUCCAAAGACUAACAAGAAGUCAACCAGUGCCUAGACCACCACCACCACCGUCAUGGCCACGACCACUGCGACCACUUUCACGACCCCCGCCACCACCACCACCACCUCGGCCACGACCACCGCCACCACCACCACCAUUUGUGCCGAUUCUUCCUCUACCGCAUUUAAUAAUAAGUAGAAGAAGAAGAAAAUUGUACCAUAAACGCAUGUUGACCUGGUACUUGAUCACCCUCAAAAUGCGUCAAAAACUCCAAACCCUAAAUCAGAAACCCGAAGAGACAAGAGAAGCAUGGGUGAUCUCGAUCAAAGAAAAAAUGGAUGCAACACUUAGAGUCGACGCAACAACUAGCAGAGACAAGCUCUGUAUCUAUAGAGUUCCACGUUACCUUCAAGAAAACGACAAGAAGUCCUAUUUUCCUCAAACGGUCUCGCUUGGUCCAUACCACCAUGGCAAAGAACAUCUAGUGCCUAUGGAGCAUCACAAAUGGCGUGCGGUCAAUAUGGUCAUGAAACGCACCAAGCACCGCAUUGAAAUGUAUAUUGAUGCCAUGAAAGAGCUUGAGGAGAAAGCUCGUGCUUGUUAUGAAGGUCCUAUUGUUUGGAGUAGUAAUAAGUUCGCAGAAAUGAUGUUUCUUGAUGGUUUGUUUAUUCUUGAGCUCUUCAGAGGAGCUGAUAACGAUAAAGGAUUCUUGGUACUCGGGUAUGGUCGUAACGAUCCGGUCUUCGCGAUGCGGGGAUCGAUGCAUUCGAUUCAACGUGACAUGGUAAUGCUUGAAAAUCAACUUCCUUUGUUCGUACUUAACCGGUUAUUAGAGCUACAACUUGGUUCAGAAUACCAAACCGGUUUAGUGGUGCAACUAGCAAUUCGGUUUUUCAACCCGUUAAUGCCAACCGAUAAGUUAGCAACCAAAACCGACCAGGUAGAAAUUAAGAUCUCGUUAGAAAACGAUAACUUCUUUAACCCAAUCGCUGACAAGGACAAGGAAGAGUUGCACUGUCUAGAUGUUUUCCGGCGAAGUUUGCUCCGGCCUAGUCAAAAACCGGAGCCGAGGUUAUCACGAACUAGAUGGUCGUGGAAAAGGCGUGCGGCGGACAAGCGCCAACAACAACUAAUACACUGUGUGACGGAACUGAGAGAGGCUGGUAUUAAAUUCAAGAGAAGGAAAACCGACCGGUUUUGGGAUAUUCGGUUCAAAAACGGUUAUCUGGAGAUACCCAAACUACUUAUCCAUGAUGGUACCAAAUCUCUCUUCUCGAAUCUUAUAGCUUUUGAGCAAUGCCAUAUUGACUCAAACAACGACAUAACAUCCUACAUAAUCUUCAUGGACAAUUUGAUAGACUCUGCCGAAGAUGUCAGAUACUUGCACUACUGUGGCAUCAUCGAACACUGGUUAGGAACUGAUUCCGAAGUUGCAGAUUUGUUCAACCGGCUAUGUCAAGAGGUGGCUUUCGACCUCCAAGAUAGCUAUUUAUCUGAAUUGUCCAAUAAGGUUGACCACAAUUAUAACCGAAAGUGGAAUGUUAUGAAGGCAACCUUGAAACACAAGUAUUUCAACAAUCCAUGGGCAUAUUUCUCCUUUAUCGCUGCAGUUAUCUUGCUACUUCUCACAUUGUUCCAGAGUUUUUUUACUGCUUAUGCUUACAUUAAACCACCUUCUUGAUUUUCUUUAUUCCAUAGUUUAUUUGAUUAUUUCAUUCACUUGAAUGUUUGUACCUUUUCACUCUAUUUUCUAUUGUAUCGCAAUUAAAUAAACGAAUUGCUGA